UCUUCACCGGACCUUUAUUUAAUAUGCCUUUGAUGAAUGAAUAUUUCGGGCAUGUAUAUGAUUUUUGGGUCUAUAUAUACAUCACCAAAACGGUUUCAUAAUAUAAUGCACUUGUUUUAUUGCAGCCAUGGCCUUAGAGUCAAGAAAACUUGAGAGUUCAAUAAGUCUUCAAGAGCUUUCAAAAGAAGCCAUAAUUUCUAUCCCAAAUCGAUACCUUCACAAUGAUCAAGAACCUAAUUCCCAUCUCUUAGAAGCCAGCCUUGCACCAGAUAUCCCAACAAUUGACUUGAAAACUUUAGUCCUUGAGCAAACCGGAGGUCCUGAACAUCAGAGGCUGCACUUAACUUGCAAAGAAUGGGGAAUUUUUCAGUUAGUGAAUCAUGGAGUCAGCUCUUUAAUAAUGGAGAAACUCAAUUAUGAGAUUGAGGAAUUCUACAGACUUCCGCAAGAAAAGAAAAUGAGAUACAAGCUUAGGGCAGGUGAUUUUGAAGGUUAUGGCCAAACAGCUAUAAACUCUCAAGAUCAAAAGGGCCUCGAUUGGGCUGAUAGGUUUUUCAUGAUAACCAACCCUAUUCAGAGAAGAAAACCACAUCUUCUUCCACAACUCCCUCCUUCACUUAGGGACACUCUUGAGGCUUAUCUCUUGGAGUUGCAAAAACUUGCUGAUAUCCUUGUAUUAUCAAUAGUAAAAACUCUGAAGAUUACUAAAGAAGAAGUAGAAGAGAUGUUCGAGGAUGGGAUACAAUCAGUGAGGAUGGCUUACUAUCCACCAUGCCCAAAACCAGAGCAGAUUAUGGGAUUUAGACCUCAUUCAGAUGCUACUGGAAUCACCAUCCUUCACCAAGUUAAUGGGGUAGAUGGCUUACAAGUUAAAAAGGAUGGUAUCUGGAUCCCAGUACACUUCCUUCCUAAUGCCUUCGUUGUCAAUCUUGGCGACAUUCUUGAGAUAUGGAGCAAUGGUCUUUACAAAAGCACAGAGCACAGGGUAACAGUGAAUUCAAUUAAAGAGAGGAUUUCAAUAGCCAUGUUCUUUAACCCCAAGUUUGAAGCAGAGGUUGGACCAGCAGCUUCAAUAACAAACCAGGACAUUCAACCAGCAUUCAGGACAGUGACAAUGGAAAACUAUGUGAAAGAUUACUUCUCCCGUAAGCAGGAUACAAAGUCAUUCUUGCAGGAUAUGAGGAUUUCACAAGGCAAGACAGCACAAUAGAUCAGUAUAUCUUUAGUUAUAUAGUGAUGCAACCUUAUGUAACAACUACCUGGAAAUAAAUAAAGUUAGAUUAAGUAAAUAAAUGAUCAGUUUAUUA